AAUCACCUCGUAAAUAUAUUUCCUAUUCAUAUAGUGGCGGAAUGAUAAAAACUUAAUUUCCUUGUUCUAUAUAUGCAUGUCUCGAGGUAAGACGAUCGCACAAUAGUAUCUAUCUUUUUUGUCAUAACAUGAUUAUUGCGAGCAAACGUUACAUUGCAACCUAGAACGGGGCCGACGCGACAAGGUCUCCGAAGAUAAGAGAGAAAACGUAGCGAUUAUAACCGGUUAAAAUUUACAUUUUGCUUUUAAAUAGGAAGACGACGUCCGAGUAACGACCAACCUUCGAUAAGUUUGUAGACCCGUUAUAUGUACAAAUGAUCGAUCAAUACCAUCAGGAACAGGCAAUAGGACAUGCGGAUUCCAUUUCUCUUUGAAUAAACAUACAUAUAAACCGCCGAUCUAGCGAUAUCGCUAACGAUCAAUAAUUGAUACGAAUCCACUCGCCUGUUUAUUUAAAAUUGUUUUUCUAGGCGCGAAAAUUUACAUCUAACAAUAAGCUUAUUCAAAUUUCUAGCGAAACCGAUAUAUAAACAUUGACUUGUUUAAUUAAUGCUAAAUGAUGAUCAAGAAAACUGAGUCAGGGAUACAAUAAAUAGGGGAUUGCUAUGUAAUAGCUAUGAACAUGAAGCGUUUUCUUUAUGUGACAAAGCUAAUAAUAAUGCGUAAAAUGGAUAGUUUGACCAAAUUUUGUUGUACUUUCUUUGUCGAUAAUUUAUUAUAUUAAUAUCGCUGUGUAAUCAAAUAUCUAUAAUAAGUAAAACCUAAUAUUUUCGCGUAUGGUAAUUAUUAUCCAUAUUUACAAACAUUUAUAAAUUUAAUUUAAGCAAUUUUUUUGUACGCAUCGGAUUUUUAUCACUUUCCUAAAUAGUGCCGUACAAACACAAAAAACAACUUUUAUGAUAUUAUAAACUUGGAAAAAGUACAUUUCAUUAAUGUCUCGCGGAAUCAUGUUUCCAACUAAAAUAUUUUUGCAUAAAUAUAUAUAUAUAUAAUAUAAAUUGUUUUCGGCAAUUAUUUUUAUCAUAUACUAAUAUAAACACGAUAUUUUUAUAUGAGCUUUUAUAUUAGCGAGUAGUUAUGAAAUGUAUUCUUUAACACAUGUAUUACAUAACAAAAAAACAUUCCUCAUCGCUAAUAUUUUUAUAAUAAAAUAAUUCUUGUAAUUGCAAGAAAUUCGAAAAAAUUUCUCUGAAUUGCGAGUAGCCAUCUGAUGAUGAUAUUUACUAUUUACUAUUACUUUUAUAUUUACUAUUACUUGUUCACUCUGAUCGCUUUAAAGUGAUGGAAAAUUUUUUGUUUUAGAAAGAGGAAGAGAGCCUAUUUAUUUUGUAAAAAAAAAUACGUCGUCUUUUAUCAUGUAGGAAGUUCUUGACGAGGACAUAUAUCGAUCCUGCGUCGUGUUUAAUCGCAAUAUUAAUAGGCGUCCAUCAAGAGCCAUGAAUGACUUGCCAGCGCCUAUAUACCUCUUCUACAGCAACCUAGUAAUAAACAAGAAAAGACAAUAAAAAAAAACCCAAGGGGAAUAUGUGCAAAAGGCGGAAACGUCGAAUCAUCAAACAAUACCCGGAGCCAGAUAACACUACGAGGCGUGGACGAGUAGGUGGGGAAGACACGAGACAGACACGAUGUGAGGAAUAAAUACUGCCCUGAAAUCGAGCGGAAUUCAGUCGCAUGCUUAGUGUACUAACGACGUUAACUCUAGUCUGAUCAUUGUGGGGGUCCUUGUUCACGUGCGGAUCUUCAUUGUUUGGCACCACCUUACCAAUUGAUUAAUUAAUAGCGCCUCGACACCACAGGACUCUCAUCCGUCAGUUUGUAAUUUGCCAUCGGAACCCACAUAGAUCUACAGCGAAAAUUCAUCGAGCAAGCUACGAUGCUACCGAGUCGAUAUUUACUCAUCUCUACUUUCGCAACCAUUGCGGCCGCCAAUUUUUUCGGUCUAGGCGCAACGACCCCCGAAGCAGGCAACCCGCAACAAUUUGACGUUUACUGGAACGUGCCCAGCUUUCUAUGCCACAAAUACGGCGUAAAAUUCGAGGAUCUCAAGGAUUUCGGAAUUCGUCAGAAUGCGAAUGACAGAUUUCGCGGUGAGGAAAUCGCGAUUCUUUAUGAUCCUGGAAUGUUUCCGGCGCUGUUAACUGAUAAAAAUGGAAUUGUAACGAAAAGAAACGGUGGCGUCCCACAAGAGGGUGAUUUGAAGAAACAUCUCGAGAUAUUCCGAAAGCAUUUGAUCAAGCAAAUCCCUGAUGAGUCAUUCAGCGGCGUCGGUGUGAUAGAUUUCGAGAGCUGGCGACCAAUCUUCCGGCAAAACUGGGCCUCCCUCGAACCUUACAAGACCCUGUCUAUAAAAUUGGAACGUGGAAAGCAUCCUACUUGGAGCGACGCGGCCAUCAAAAAGGAAGCGAAGCGUCGCUUCGAGAAGUACGGUAGGAUAUUUAUGGAAGAAACCUUAAAGACAGCGAAGAAGCUUCGGUCUAACGCCACCUGGGGUUACUACGGUUAUCCGCAUUGCUUCAAUCAUACUCCUGGCCAACGUAGCGCGCAUUGCGAUCGUCAGACCAUGGUGGAAAACGACGAAAUAUCUUGGCUCUUCACACUCGAGGACGCGCACAUGCCUUCCGUGUACUUAAGGCAGAAGAUCAAGGAGAUGGAUCGGGUGGGCUUCGUGAAGGGCAGAGUGUCGGAGGCGUUGCGAAUGGCGGAGAAGAGUUCCCGCAAACAACAAGUUCUUGCCUAUCACUGGUUCAAAUAUCAAGAUCACAGGGAUAACUUUCUUAGUAAGAAAGAUACGGAGAACACGGUCAACACGAUCGCCAACCUCGGUGCUGAUGGCGUGAUUAUUUGGGGCAGCUCUGAAGAUACAAACUCGGAGGAGAAGUGCAAGGAUCUGCAGCAAUACGUGAAAAACGUUUUAGGGCCGGCGAUAAAGCGGAUCAAGCAAAAAUAGUGCAUUCUUUGAUAGAAACGACAAUUUCGCAUGUUUAACUAACAGUACAAAUAAUUUUUAUCUAAUUUUUUA